CUCCAACACUCAUUUUCUUUGCAACAGCGAACUCCAUCGCAGGCUUCGUUUCUUUCUGAUUCUUCUUUGAAGACUCUAAGACAAAUUGAGUGUUUAUUCUCUUUCUGUAAGUAGAGUGCACUUCUUCUGCGACCUCAAGCUCAUUCUCUAAAGGUAUAUUCACCUCAAUCUUUGCUUAUACCAAAGCACACAACAUUUCUGCUUCAUCUUUUAAGCUUCGCUUCUAUUCGACAAGUUUUCAUCAUGUCGGGUCCUACUCCAGCCCGUACUCCGCCCUCUUUCACUUUUGAGGACAGCGAUUCCGAGUUUGAUGCUGAGAUGGCAAUGCCUGAUUAUGAGCCCAUGUCCCCUGUUGUCGCCAAUCUUGAGAAGAUGGUUGCCAAUCGCAAGAUAGUUCCCAGUGAGAGCGGCACCACAACUGAGACUAUUAGCUCCGUUGAGCGUGGCACCUCCACCAAGCGUAGCAUCUCAAGCAUGGACAGCACUACCCCCGAGUCGCCCAUCGAAGCUUUCCUCUCCCGACCCGAGACUCCCAACUACCCUUACAGCAACUGGAGCUCUACCUCUGCGUUUACCAUGCGUAACGGCCAGGUCUACAACUUUGGUCAGCUCCAGAUGAUGUCCCUCGAAGUUGCUGAAGCCAGACGCAAUGGAGAAUUCCCUGCUACCAACGAGCCUACUCUCGAUGCCAAUGCUGUUGCCGAAGACUUCAACUCGCUCAUCUAUCUUCGACGCCUUCGCGGUAACCAACUUGCUCCUGCUCCUCAGUCAUACAUCCACUUCCGCGAACAGGUUGCACUCGGCAUCCAGGUCCGUCAGGUAUCUCUCAAGCGUGAGACUGAUCAAGAAGUCGCUCGUCGUGUUGGCCACUACCUUCAAGCAGUGGAGGCUGAGCAGCGAUAUUACAACGCUACGAACACUAUGCUCCAGCGUCGCGAGGUCAUCAACCCUACUCAGCAAGACUUCAUCGACCCCCACGAUGACAUGUGCUCUAUGGUCGAGCAUACUAUCGAGCAGGGCAUCUCCGAUGCCACUGGACCCCUCCGCAUGAACGUUUCUAAUCUCAAGAAACAAGGUGAAGUCUUCCAAGAGCAGACAGCCCUUCUGCAGCAGCAGAAUGACAUGUUCCAGCGACAGACUGAUGGGCUUGUCCAGCAGCAGAGCAGUCUCCUUCGGCAGCAAACCGACCAACAGAAUGACCUCUUCUUGCAGCAGCACAGUUUGUUUCUGAAUCACAAGGCCAGCCUCCGGGAUCAGAGCCGUUUUUUCAAGAAGCAGGCCGACACUCUCGAGCACCAAAACAGAGUCAUGAAUGCUUCCCUCACUCACUUGAGUAACCUGGUCGAGCCUCAGGUCUAUAACAACCAGGCUACCGCCCAAACGCUCGCUUCUGCCAACCAGCUUGUCGUCAACCUGUCGCAACAACUCCCCGAGACCAUCCGAUGCGCUGUGGAAGAAGCUUCCCAGAAACAAGCUCGCGAGAUCCUUGAGCAAGCUCUUCAAAUCCAGCAAAUGGCUAUCGCCAACCCACAACGGGAUGCCAAAACCAUCACCGCCCCGGUUGAAGAGGCUCAGGAAAAGAAUUCUGUCACUGUUGGUUCUGAUAGGGUCGAACGAAGUGAGCGAUCUUCUCUCUACCGUAUGGUGCGCAAGUUCAAGCGCCAGCGUAUCUCUUCGUGAAUGGUUGGAGGAACGAGCAACAGAGUAGUAGCAGACCUCACCGUCUUGGGAUGGAAUGCAUUUGAUCAAUUUGAUGUAUGUAGUGACAAGGUCUGAUUGACACUUGCUUUGCUCAUCGAGUUGACUGUACUCAAAUGGAACUUCGAUUGAUUUUACUCUUGAUUAGUCUUGACCAGGACUCGGCUGUUUUGACUUAGAUGGUAUAUCCAAUGCGAUAGAUGACUCAUGUGACACUUGUCAAUAUCACGGCUGUUCUUGACUUCAACGCUUCACUUCCCAAGUCAGUUUCAAUAUCCCCAAUCCGAAGGCACUGAGUUGUUGCCCUCUUGCCUUCCUUAGCUUGGAGUUUCUGCCUGGGAUAGUCUGUCCGAUAUUCCCCGCCAACUCAAACUGAUUGAAUAAUUGGAAGACAUUAGAGUUAGAUAUGAGACACUGUUUCAAACUUUGAAAGGUUGGGUAAUUCAGUGCCAGUUAUCUUAUGAGUAGGAUACCUAAUGACACAAAUCUUGUAGACACAGUCUCAGUAUCUUCACUUGGGCUGUCCAGACAGCUUACACCGUUGAGCCCCAUGGAAAAC